AUGGCAGACCAGGCAAUGGAAAAUGUGAAAGAAGCAAUCAAAAUGAGCGCUCAAAAGACUCAAAGGGCUCCAGAAACUAAAGAGAACCCUGGUAAUGUGAUUGUCGUCUCGAACCGGUUACCGGUCACUAUUAAGAAAGACAGUAGCACGGGUAAAUACGAAUAUUCCAUGUCAUCUGGUGGGCUUGUGACGGCGCUUCAAGGCCUGAAAAAAUCGACGACGUUUCAAUGGUACGGAUGGCCGGGACUCGAGAUUCCAGACGAGGACAAGCCUGUGGUGAAGAGAGACCUAUUGGAGAAAUUCAAUGCUAUUCCGAUUUUCCUAACGGACGAAGUAGCGGACUUGCACUACAACGGGUUCAGUAACUCGAUCUUGUGGCCCUUGUUUCACUAUCACCCGGGAGAAAUCAAUUUCGAUGAAAACGCAUGGCUUGCGUACAACGAAGCAAACCUGUCAUUUGCACGCGAGAUCGAGGAGAAUAUGAAGGACAAUGACGUGGUAUGGGUUCAUGACUACCAUUUGAUGUUGUUACCAGAAAUGCUGCGGUCCACAAUCAACGCCCAGAAGCUCAAGAACGUGAAGCUGGGCUGGUUUCUGCACACGCCGUUCCCUUCUUCCGAGAUCUACAGAAUCUUGCCUGUGCGCCAAGAGAUUCUUCGCGGUGUUUUGAGUUGCGAUCUUAUUGGGUUCCACACGUACGACUAUGCGCGCCAUUUCCUGAGCUCUGUACAAAGGGUGCUUGACAUCAACACGCUGCCCAACGGUGUCGAAUUUGAGGGCCGGUUUGUGAACGUGGGCGCUUUCCCCAUCGGUAUCGAUGUCGACACUUUUACGGAUGGUCUAAAACAAUCCGAAGUUCUGCAACGCAUCCAGCAACUCAAGAACACUUUCAAGAAUGUAAAGAUUAUUGUUGGAGUGGAUAGGCUUGAUUAUAUCAAGGGGGUACCUCAGAAACUACAUGCUAUGGAAGUUUUCCUCAAUGAGCAUCCGGAGUGGAUUGGCAAAGUCGUACUUGUCCAAGUAGCGGUUCCCAGUCGUGGUGACGUAGAAGAGUACCAAUACCUACGUUCUGUUGUCAACGAACUUGUCGGAAGAAUCAACGGUCAAUUUGGAACGGUUGAGUUCGUACCUAUCCAUUUCAUGCACAAGAGCAUCCCAUUUCAAGAGCUCAUCUCCUUAUAUGCCGUUAGCGAUGUCUGUUUAGUUUCCUCGACGCGCGACGGCAUGAAUUUGGUGUCGUACGAAUACAUCGCAUGUCAGGAAGAGAAAAAGGGCUCUCUCAUUCUCAGUGAGUUUACCGGAGCAGCUCAAUCUCUGAACGGGGCCAUAAUUGUAAAUCCUUGGAAUACGGAUGAAUUAGCUGAGGCCAUUAACGAAUCGCUAACUUUGCCGACCGAGAAAAAAGACGCAAAUUGGGAAAAACUCUACAAGUACAUCUCGAAAUACACUUCAGCUUUCUGGGGCGAGAAUUUCGUUCACGAAUUACACAAUCUGUCUUCCAACGGUCAAAACAACAGCGGUUUGGACCUCUAG